UAAGAUAAACAAGAAACACGACUUUCUUCAUCAUCAUCACCUUCUCUUCCUUUUUUUUUUGCUUGAACACAACAACACCUUCUCUUCCAAAUUAUCUUUUCACAAACAUGGCUUCACCAUUGCUUGGUCCACCAGAGCUUCAAAACUCCAACACCACAUCCUCUGCACCAAGCGAUCCAUUCAUGGACCUAAUGGUUGCAAACUUCAACAAGUCAACCAAAGUCAACGUCUCCUCUUCUCCACCGAUGGGCCUAACCGAGAACGGAUCCGCUACAUACCUAUCCGCAGGUAACCCUUGUCUUGACUUCUUCUACCACGUUGUCCCCAGCACUCCCAAGGAAUCUUUAGAGCAGAGACUCUCCACGGCAUGGAGCCACGACGCGUUGACAACUCUCAAGCUUAUCUGUAACCUUCGUGGAGUCCGUGGAACCGGAAAAUCAGACAAGGAAGGGUUUUACACUGCGGCGCUUUGGCUACACGGUUGCCACCCCAAAACCCUAGCGUGUAAUCUUGAUUCUUUAUCCAAGUUUGGAUACUUUAAAGACUUUCCGGAGAUUCUUUAUAGGAUUCUACAAGGGUUUGAGAUCCGUAGGGUUCAGAAAUCUGAAUGGGAACAGAGGAAAGGUCGUUCCGGUGUUGUUCGAGCUGCACCUAGACGAUUUGGUAGAGGUAGAGGUAGAGGAAGAGCUCCUUUCUCUGUUAGUUCGUCGAGAUCCUCUCGUGGACGUAAGAAGCCUGCGGAGACUAGGGAGAUGAGGAUAGCGAAUGCAGAGAAGAGGAACCAAGAAGAGAAGGCGAAAGCUAGCUUGGAUCGCAAGCUUGAGAAGAUCUCCAUGGGGAAGAAAGUUUCCACAAGAUACUCUCAAGAUCCAGAUUACCGUUUCCUCCACGAACGCGUCUCUGACCUCUUCGCGGAUUACUUAAAGAAAGAUCUCGAGUUCUUGACUUCCGGAGAAACUAACAAGAUCUCUUUAGCGGCUAAGUGGUGUCCUUCUCUCGACUCUUCCUUCGACAAAGCAACGCUUCUCUGCGAGAGCAUCGCUAGAAGAAUAUUCCCUCGUGAGUCUUUCCCUGAGUACGAAGGCGUUGAGGAAGCUCACUACGCUUAUAGAGUACGUGAUCGUCUAAGGAAGCAAGUUUUAGUUCCUUUAAGAAAGACUCUGCAGCUCCCAGAGGUUUACAUGGGAGCUAAAGAAUGGGGAUCUCUUCCUUACAACAGAGUAGCUUCCGUGGCGAUGAAGUCUUACAAGGGGACAUUCUUGAACCACGAUGCAGAGAGGUUUAAGCAAUACCUCCAAGACGCGAGGGAAGGUAAAACGAAAAUCGCAGCCGGCGCUGUGUUACCUCACGAGAUCAUCGGUGAGUUAGACGGAUAUGACGGUGGAGAAGUCGCUGAGCUGCAGUGGAAACGAAUGGUUGAUGAUUUAAAGAAGAAAGGCUCCUUGACUAGCUGCAUCGCAAUCUCUGACGUGUCAGGAUCCAUGGCGGGAGAUCCAAUGGAGGUUUCCGUUGCCUUAGGUCUUCUCAUAUCCGAGUUGACUGAUGAGCCGUGGAGAGGAAAGUUGAUAACGUUCAGCGCAGACCCUGAGCUCCAGGUUGUGCAAGGAGAAGAUCUUUGGACAAAGACUAACUUUGUUAGGAGGAUGGAGUGGGGAAUGAACACUGAUUUUCAGAAAGUUUUUGAUCUGAUUUUAAAAGUUGCGGUUGAUGGGGGGUUGAAACCGGAGCAGAUGAUCAAGAGAGUGUUUGUGUUCAGCGACAUGGAGUUUGACCAAGCUAGGUCGUCGGUGACUUAUUAUAGUAAUCGAACGUAUAGUUAUAAUAAGAGGGAAGAGAAUGCAUGGGAAACGGACUACGAGGCGAUUGCUAGAAAGUAUAGGGAGGCAGGGUACGGUGACGUUGUGCCGGAGAUAGUGUUUUGGAACUUGAGGGACUCGAGGUCUACGCCUGUGCCUGGGAGUAAGAAGGGAGUGGCGUUGGUGAGUGGGUUUUCGAAGAAUUUGAUUAAAAUGUUUUUGGAUAAUGAUGGAGUGAUUGAUCCCAUGGCGAUUAUGGAGAAGGCUAUAUCGGGAGUAGAGUAUAGUAAGCUUGUUGUUAUUGACUGAAAAGAUUUAUGCUAUUGUUGUUUUUUGAUGUUUUUGCUGAAUUAUUGUGGCACAGUCCCGGCGUGAUAUUUAUCUACUGCAGUUGAAUGAAUGUAUUUAUCUACUUUUGCCUUUCUCAAAGACAGGCUUGAAAUUUGAAUCCCACACCUUACGAGCCUUCUUGAGCAAAAGCCCAUCAUUGGGCUUGAAAGGCCUGAUAUUUGAGCACUCUACUUUGACAGAACAUGGCCCUUUAAACCUUUUAAGCAAACUGAAGAUUAAGC